AUGACGUUCAACUCAGCCCUCAUAAUUGCAGUGUGGCUAUGCUUUGGAACCAUUAAUCUUGCUGCUGGAGAUAUCGGAACUGCUACCUCAUAUGACCCUCCAUACCUACCAACGAGGUGCAAGGGGUACAGCGAAGAUCAAUUCCCAGAAGGAGGAUAUUUUGUAGCAGCAAGUGAAGGGAUAUGGGACAAUGGAGCUGCCUGUGGUCGCAAGUAUCGCAUGAGAUGCAUCAGCGGCCUAAAGAGACCAUGCAAAGAUGAAUCCAUUGUUGUUCAGGUUGUUGAUCUCUGUCGAGGAAAUCCAUGCAAAUCAACUCUUGUCCUCUCCAAUAAAGCUUUCUCCGCCAUCUCCAAAGUCCCUACUGCCAAGAUCAAUGUCGAAUUUGCACAGUACAUAAAAAUUAAUUACCCUCUCUCAUCUUAA